UCCCCAUCGGGGCUGGGAGUGAAGCGGAGGCGUGGACGGCGAUUCCCACGUGGUGCGGCGGCCUGGACGGUGAUUCCCUCGUGGUGCGGCGAGCGGGGUAGUCGGCUCUGGUCCUCGCCGACUUCCUGGGCCUGUGUGCCCGCGGCCUGCAGAGAUGCCGAAGAUCAAGUCCGGGGCGCCCGGCCGGCGCCGCGAGCGGCCCCAGCGCCGGGAGCUGCAGAGCGCGGGAGGACUCAUGUUCAACACGGGGAUUGGGCAGCACAUUUUGAAAAAUCCUCUCAUCGUUAACAGCAUUAUCGAUAAGGCUGCCUUAAGACCAACUGAUGUGGUGCUGGAAGUUGGGCCUGGAACUGGCAAUAUGACUGUUAAGUUGCUAGAAAAGGCAAAAAAGGUAAUUGCAUGUGAACUUGACCCAAGGCUAGUAGCUGAACUGCACAAAAGAGUUCAGGGCACACCCCUGGCCAGCAAACUUCAAGUAAUGGUGGGUGAUGUGUUGAAAACAGAUUUGCCAUUCUUUGAUGCUUGUGUGGCAAAUUUGCCUUAUCAGAUCUCUUCUCCUUUUGUCUUCAAGCUGUUGCUGCACCGACCUUUUUUCAGAUGUGCUAUACUUAUGUUUCAAAGAGAAUUUGCUCUCCGACUAGUUGCAAAACCUGGAGAUAAGUUAUACUGCAGGCUCUCAAUUAAUACACAGCUGUUAGCACGCGUGGACCAUCUAAUGAAAGUUGGAAAGAAUAACUUCAGACCACCGCCCAAGGUGGAAUCCAGUGUUGUAAGAAUAGAACCUAAGAACCCGCCACCACCAAUCAAUUUUCAGGAAUGGGAUGGCCUAGUAAGGAUCACCUUUGUUAGGAAAAACAAGACACUGUCUGCUGCAUUUAAGUCAAGCGCAGUACAGCAGCUAUUGGAAAAAAACUACAGAAUUCACUGUUCAGUCCAUAAUACUAUAAUACCAGAAGAUUUCAGCAUAGCAGAUAAAAUACAGCAAAUCCUAACCAGUACAGGUUUUAGUGACAAGCGGGCCCGUUCCAUGGACAUAGAUGACUUCAUCAGAUUGUUACAUGGAUUCAAUGCAGAAGGUAUCCAUUUUUCUUAGGUAUCUGGGAAACGGAAUUUUUCAAACUCAAGAAACUGGAAUUAUAUAUUUUUAAUAAUUUGAGAGGAUGAAGUAUCCUUUUUCUCCACUGGGACACUGUGCUUGAUUGCUUUUGAUUUAAUGCUAUUGUUAUCAGUUAUUAGUCUGAAUUUCUAAGGUAGUUAAGAAAACCAAUUUAAGUUCUCAAGUUUUUUUGGUUUGUUUUUAAUAUCUAACACAGGGCAGAGUCCAAUAUCUAUAUAAUCUUCAAGAGCCGCAGACACGCACAACUUUACCCUUAUCAUUUCUAACAGGUUAUGUAUCAAGAUGUGACUCUUCUAUUUUCUGUUGUAUAUUACUAUGAAGACCUCUAGGCCUUCAGCUCUUUAGGGCUUUGUCCCUCAGGUGUAAAGUUAAAAUAUGCUUAACCAAGUCACAUAUUCCCCAUACCAUUUCUUCUUCUUAUUCAUGCGUACAGUAAAACAAUUUUCUUACAUUUUAACUUUGUUUCUCUUUCUGUUUAUCCUACACAACUUUUAUCACUGCCUGCCUACCCUUUUCUUAUCCUGUAGCAUCAUAGUUACAGCAGGGUUCUGGGUAAGCUUGAGUCUGCUACUGCGACCAUGUGGUACCAGACAUACUACUACUGGGCAUGAUUCCUUACCUGGAAAAUGAGGACUAGUAUGAAAAAUGAGUAAGAUUGUUUGUUUUUUCUUGGGGAGAUGGUCAUAGGUUUAACAAAAUUUCCAAAGGUUUCAGAAAUUAAAACUUGAUUUAAAAUCUCUGCCCAUCAACUUCAAAACAAACAACCUCAACCAGUAAUUUUCCCGAGAACAGGCUCCCAGUAUUCCUAUAGCUUCUGGAUAAUUAAAAUUUCCAGUACUUUUUCAUAUACCCGAUGCUUAGUUGUAGGCUAUUUUUAAAAUGUAAGGUUGAGAAUUUCAAUGUCAUAACCACAGCUUUAUUAGCUACUAUGUUUAAAUCAUUAUCAAUAUAUAAUUGUUACUGUCUUUUAAUAAAGUAUUAUAGAUAAUA